GACGGCCUUACGUAGCUAAGUUUAUAAGCCCGGAGACAGUCACCGCCUAACGGUACCAGUCCACUCCACCGCGUGAGACCGCGAUCCUACGGAUCGGCGCGGUCAUUCCCUUUCCUUCUAGCUCUUUCGCCCUUUUCAGGACAAUAGCAGCGAAAAUCAAGAGAAACCUCCCAUGAUGUGGCCUUUUGUGUCAUACCCAGAGUGCUCACCGGAAGAUGUUGACGGAAAAGCCUACGAUUACAUUGUUGUUGGAGGUGGAACGGUUGGUUGUGUUCUCGCUUCACGUCUUUCUGAGGACCCAAACGUUUCUGUUCUUCUAAUUGAAAGAGGACGUGUGAAGAACAAUCUUGUUUCGCGAAUACCAUUACUAAGUCAGAAUAUGUUUUGGACGGAUACCUUGCAGGUCCAAAGCACGAUCUGGUCAGAGCCGAUACAUCACGCCCACGGGAGGAGCAAUCAGCUUUGGACAGUCAACGGCAUUGGUGGUGCUUCUCGUCUCAAUGCCAUGCUCUGGACUCGAGGCAGCCCAGGAAACUAUACCAUGUGGAGCAAUAUGGGGUUGAAAGAUUGGGCAUGGGAUAAGGUUGAGCCAUACUUUAGGAGACUUGAGAAUGCUACUGAGCCGUUAGAUAAGUCUCGGUCUCAUAUGAGAGGCCGUGGUGGACCCAUCAAGUUGCGCAAGCCACCGUAUCCGUUCAAGUGGCUAAAGUAUCUUGAGAAAGCGGCUAGAAACAUUGGUAUUUCGAUUUUGGACGAUUGCAACGACCCAGGCGCCCCUUCAUGCGGCUACUUUCCCCUCGAAACUGCCAUUGACAAGAAUGGGGAAAGGGUUUCAGCCUUGACGGCGUACCUGAGCAAAACUAUUGCUCGAGAGAGGAUUAAGCAUUUGCGCGUGUGCACUGGCACAGUUGCGUCCCGCUUGGAAAUAGCUGGCGAUGAACAAAUUGGGCGCGCCGUCACUGGGGUAUAUAUUCGGUCUUCCACUGGUCCAAAAACAGGCAAACACUAUCUCGUCAAAGCCCAAAGAGAGGUCAUUCUAACUUGCGGAGCCAUGAAUACUCCUCAGUUACUGCUUCUGAGUGGCAUUGGACCCGGUGGGGAAAACUCGACUGAGUCAAGUCUAGGCAUUCCCCUCAUUAAGGAGCUGCCUGGCGUAGGAGCUGACUUUUCUGACCACUACGCCAUCCCAAUUAUGCUCGAGCUACCCAAGAAGGAGACACUACACUUUCUUGAGAGCGCAAUAUGGGGCCUUUGGCAUAUACUUUUAUGGAUCUUCACCGGAAAAGGAUGGAUGAGCUUCAGCUCGGCGCCAGCUGCCAUCUUCCUCCAUACAGACUCAAUCGACGAGGCAGCCAUGCAAGUUACGACAUCACACAUAGAGGACUCAUCAUGUAAUCAUGAAGUUCCUAAUAUCGAAAUUAUGAUCAUACCCCUCAACUCACUUGAACGCGCUGUGCUAGGGCGCUCGCUCUUUUCUAUCUAUCCCACUAUACUGCAACCUCGGGCCACAGGCCGCCUUGAGAUAACGAGUACGGACCCCCUUAUUAAUCCCAGAAUAACGCAUCCGAUGUUCGGCCACAAGGACGAUCUAAAAGCGGCUCGGGUGGCCGUUCGCUUAUCUAUGCGGUUGGCUGCCGAGUUCCAAACGUUAUAUCCAUUCUCAGCUCCCUUUGCAUUUGCGCCUGGU